AUGGAGAUUCAUGCUUUAACUGAAGCUCGAAAUCGGAAUAUUAUCAAGUUCUACGGCUUUUGCCGGAGUUCUCGAUAUUCAUUUUUGGUGUACGAGUUCUUGGAAUGUGGUAGCUUGAAAAAUGUAUUGAGCGAUGAAGAGAGGAUAACAACAUUUGACUGGAAUGAGAGAGUGAAUGUUGUUAAAGGUGUAGCUUAUGCUUUGUCCUACAUGCACCAUGAAUGCUCUCCUCCUAUAACUCAUCGAAACGUGUCGAGCAAGAACAUUUUACUGGAUGAAGAGUACAAAGCUCACAUCUCUGAUUCUGGCACGGCUAAGGUUCUAGAACCUUAUUCAUUCAAUUGGACUUCCUUUGCAGGCACUUUUGGAUAUGCAGCUCCAAGUUGCGCUGUGAAGCCCAAGGAGAGGUUUUCUCAGGCAAUAGCACGUAUUAUAUGGCGCAUAUAG